ACCUCAUUACGUUUGUGUUCCACUGUGAGGAUGGAAGGCCUAUGACAACUGGAGACCUGGAGCAGCGAACGGGGUCGAGAGAUAAAAUCCGUGUCCAUCUUCUUAGCAGAAAGAAAGAAUCAACAUGAAAUCUAGAAGAGCAUAAUCUACAGUCUCUAAGCUUCCACUCGGGGCUAAUAUUGUGGCGUUUUAUUCGCUGGUCCAUUAGAAAAGUGAUGGUGAAAACUGAAGUCCGACGAAAGGAUCCGGAUUCUUCUCAGGGAUUCGGGAGGGUUGGAGUGGCGUAAAGUUGAAAUAAAACAAAGAGGGGGUUUGUAGGUGUUUAUAACAAGAAACAGUUGGGUUUUAGUUCGGUGGCGAGUUUUGUACUUGGUUUGUGAUUUGUUAUAUAAAAGAGCCAUCCUGCUAGUUAGUAGGCAAUUGUCAUUAUAGCCAUGGAUCUUCGAGUUGGAAACAGAUACAGACUGGGCAGGAAAAUUGGAAGUGGAUCUUUCGGUGACAUUUAUUUGGGCACUGACAUUUCAGUAAGAGAGGAAGUGGCCAUCAAGCUAGAAUGUGUGAAGACUAAGCAUCCUCAGCUUCAUAUCGAAAGCAAGAUCUACAAGAUGAUGCAGGGAGGAGUUGGUAUCCCUACCAUAAAGUGGUGUGGUGCAGAGGGGGACUAUAAUGUGAUGGUGAUGGAGCUGCUGGGACCCAGUCUGGAAGAUCUUUUCAACUUUUGCUCCAGGAAAUUCAGCCUUAAGACUGUUCUACUUCUUGCUGAUCAGAUGAUCAGCCGCAUAGAGUACAUCCACUCGAAGAACUUUAUUCACAGAGAUGUAAAGCCUGAUAAUUUCCUUAUGGGACUCGGGAAGAAAGGGAACUUGGUCUACAUUAUUGACUUUGGUUUAGCCAAGAAGUACCGAGACGCUCGCACCCACCAGCACAUUCCUUACAGAGAAAACAAGAACCUGACUGGCACAGCCCGCUAUGCCUCCAUCAACACCCACUUGGGCAUAGAGCAGUCCCGGCGUGACGACCUGGAAUCUUUGGGAUAUGUGUUGAUGUAUUUUAACCUGGGUUCACUGCCAUGGCAGGGCCUGAAGGCUGCCACCAAAAGACAGAAAUACGAGCGCAUCAGUGAGAAGAAAAUGUCCACACCUAUUGAAGUGCUCUGCAAGGGCUACCCCUCCGAAUUUGCCACAUACCUCAACUUUUGCCGCUCGUUACGUUUUGACGAUAAGCCUGACUACUCCUACCUCAGGCAGCUUUUCAGGAACCUGUUCCACAGACAGGGCUUUUCAUAUGACUAUGUCUUUGAUUGGAACAUGCUCAAAUUUGGUGCUAACCGUGCAGCAGAGGAGGCAGAAAGAGAAAGGCGAGACCGUGAGGAGAGGCUGAGGCACAGCAGGAAUCCAGCUGCUAGUGGCAUCCCAUCAGCCUCUGGGAGACCCCGUGGCGCACAAGAUGGCGCCCCACCUACACCCCUUACUCCCACCUCACACACAGGUGAACAUGUACACGCAAACACAUCCUCGCCACGUCCAGUAACCGGUAUAGAUAGGGAACGUAAGGUGAGCAUGAGGCUUCAUCGUGGCGCUCCUGUUAACGUCUCUUCAUCAGACUUGACCGGACGGCAAGACACCUCGCGCAUGUCCACCUCACAGAAUAGCAUUCCCUUCGAUCAUCACGGCAAAUAGCUGCUCAUCACGUCCUAGUGUGACGGCGGCAGCACCUGAUUCCGAAUCAAUUUUCCAGAAGCCCCCGAUCUAGACCAGAGUGUAGAGGAUGACCGAUGUGGCAGAGGAAGUGACAGAGUGGGGCAGACCAUGUCUCUAACCGACGAAACCAAAAUGGUUCAGAAUCAACUUGACCUCUUUAUGGGUCUCUAUCUUGCUCUUACUUUAUCUUCUACUGUCUCUUACACUCCUUUUUCACUUUGGUGUAUGUGCACACAAACAGAUGAUUUUAUGAUUAUACUUUGUCUAAGGAGAUGUUGGGACUAACAAAGACUGAAUCAACCAGCUAAACUCCAGUGUCCUUUCUACUGGAGUCUCUCUUCAUACUAGUACUUUCUCUGUACAUCCACACUGCUGCAUAACCCAUCAUUUAUGGUUUUUCUGAUAAGGUUUAUCUAUUUGAGUUUACUUGGUUCCUUUUGGUAUAUUGCCUUUUUUAAAAAAAAAAUAAAUAAAUAUAAAUCAUUCCCAUGUCCUAAAACUUUAUACAAGGCUCCAUAUUUAGAACUGUUGUCAUGCUUUUUAUUUUACCCAUUAUAAUUCUUUUAUUAUAUUUUGUUCAUUCUGUUUUCUAACUGGUGAGUGGUGCAAGACGGGUUACUGUUGCAUGCUCAUGUAUUUUAGUUUGAAGAGCGAAAGGGUCAGCAUUUCUAACUCUUACAAAAACACACACACUCAGCUUAUUGGAUGAUUUACUUAUCUUGGACCCUAGAUCAAACCUUUAACAGACCCUGUGGAGCUCGCCUGCUUUGUUUCUUUUUUGUUUGUUUGUAUGUGGUUUUUAUUUUUUCCCCCUCUCAUUCUUCCUUCUGACAUUUUCUUAGAUGUAUUACUGCCCCUUGCAUUGUUGCAGGUCUGUUCUGUUUCUAAGCUGUGAAAACUGUAAUAUAUUUGUGUAAAUGUUUUCAUUUUUCACCUAACUGAGACUACGAACGAGAUGCAAAUUACAUUAAGAGUAAAAUUACGGGUUUAUCAUUUUCCUUUUUUUUUUUUCCCUCUUCCUCUCCUUCUUAAUUCUACACCAAGCCAAUAAAAUGAAGUGCUUGACAUGAGAGGUAUUACCCAUUUAUAACUCACCUGUCUGUUGGGCUCUGCUGUUGACUGUUGCACAUCAUGCACCUAAGCCAUCAGUUGUUAAAACAUGUUGAGGCAUGAUGAUUGCUGAACGUUUGUUUCAAAUGAACUGACUCCUCCGAGUGAAAGCUGGAGUCAGUGAGAUGACACUUUCCACAGCAGCCCAGCUGUCAAUGUUGAGUAUGGAGUCCUCUCUAAUGAAUGCUCCUGCACUGAUUUGGCUUUGCAGAUUAACCUAAAAGCUGAUGUAUUAUGUUUUACCAAAGGUAUGUUGUUCUGAGCUGCUUUAUUCCUGUCCUGAUGAUGAUCGGUGUGUGGACUGAAGAAAGCUGCACAAACAGAACAGCAUGCUCUUUGCCUUGAUGUGUGAUACAUGAUCAUGUACUAGUUCUAAUGUACCAUUAUGUUUGAAGAAGGCAUGUGUGUGAGAUCUGAAUAAUGGGUUGGCAAAGCCUGUAUACAUUUUGGGCUUCACAUUUUUUGGUCUUGUCAUGCCAAUCUAUGAGCCCUAUUGCAGUUUGUAUCACUGUAUUUGUGCACCACAUUUUUUGUACAUGUGUAAAUAAAUGAGUUACUUGUAUUAUUUUAA